AUGCCCGAAAGAGACACACGUGACUUUUAUUUCGGUUUUGUAACGCCUGUGAAGUUGACGAGGCUGCCCAGCCGACAUUCAUUCAGACUCAGUUAAGAGACGUUUUCCACGAUAUCACAAUGCUUAUUCCAAAUGGACGGUUCCGAAUUUGUACAUUGGCGUUCACCGCCGCUAGGAUGUUUACGACUGGUCCAAACCCAGUCGUUUACUUUGACAUCGCUGCAGACAACCAACCUAUGGGAAGAGUAACCUUUGAGUUGCGAGCUGACGUGGUGCCAAAAACAGCAGAAAACUUCCGUGCCCUGUGCACAGGAGAGAAGGGAUACGGUUACAAAGGAUCAAUAUUCCACCGGGUCAUCCCUCAGUUCAUGUGCCAGGGAGGAGACUUCACCAACCACAAUGGAACCGGUGGCAAGUCCAUAUAUGGGAGGACAUUCCCAGAUGAGAACUUCAAGCUGACGCAUACUGGUGCAGGGAUCUUAUCCAUGGCCAACUCAGGGCCCCACACCAACGGCUCUCAAUUCUUCAUCUGCACGGCCAAGACGGAGUGGCUGGAUGGCAGGCAUGUUGUGUUUGGCAGCGUGAAGGAGGGCAUCGAGGUGGUGCAGAAGGUGGAGGCCCUGGGCUCGCGCUCCGGGCGCACCGCCAAGCGGAUCACCAUCUCCGACUGCGGCGAGCUCAAGUAGACCCCCGGCGCUCUGGCGAUCCCAGCACCAACCCCCCCCCUCCCUCCCUCCUCCCCGAAACACCUACUGUGAACGUCAAAGAAAUGAGCCCGUUGUGAAGACAAGACUGUCAGGCGGACGAUGGCACGGUGCGGUGUGGUUGGACCGAGGACGUCCAGGCGAGAAUCUUUUUCUUUUUUUUUCUCUCUCUCUCACUUUUCUAAUUUUGUUUAUUAGUCUUUUUUUUUAGUCGACCACGCUGUGCUGAGAGGCUUGUUUGUCCAGAGCCUGAUUUUUGAAAAAAAAAAGGGCAGGGCCAGAGCCAUCUUUUAAAGCUGUGAUUGGUCCGAUUUAAUUUCUGUCUUGAAUCUCCAGGGGGCACUUAAUAGGCGUCUUGGCAUCUCGUCAGGUCAAGGUGAUACUUGUGUGUGUGAGUCGUGAGCAUUUACCUCAUAAGUUCCUCUCAAAAUAAUGUAGAUUUUUUUGUAAAAAGAGCAACCGAAUAGUAUACUGGAAUGUGACGAUGUGAAGUGUGAAUUGCGUGUCUUGAAAUGAGCCUUUUGGGAAACGGCCAUUUCUAAACUGAAAUAAAGUCAUACCAACGGUGCUAGCUUU